CUUCAGAACAUAAAAGGAAGUCAGAGGAGGAGGAAGAAGAGAAAACCGACGCCUCAGCCUGUCAACCAUGAGCUGCAAAGUGAUUCUGGUCAUCGCCCUCGUCGUGUCGGCCGUCUGCGCUCAGCAACUAACAAGUAAUGGCCCCCGCUGCUUGUGCAUGAGGGUCAGGGAUAAACUGAUGAGCCCACCAAAACUCAUCAAGAGCAUGGAAAUCUACCCACCAAGCAGCUCCUGUGAAAAAGUGGAAAUUGUGGUGAAACUAAAAAGUGGAGCUCAGUACUGCUUGGACCCCAAUGUCAAGAAAAUAAGAGACAUUGUAAUGAAUCUCCAAAAGUCUCAAUCUCAAAGCCAAACUAAGCAAUGAUGAAGGACAACAGGAGUUCAGCUCAAAGGCCUUAAAUUCUUUAAGAAGUCCGACAGGACCUGGUGGUGUACCAUCAAGAAGAUUAUCAGUUUUAUCUAUUCUAAUGCUUUUAUUUAAUUUUUUUUUUAUUUU